GUAACAGUGUCGAUAACAGAAUGUUCAGCAAAACUUCAGUCACUGUGUUAUCAGUCAUCGUUUUGUGUCUUGUAUUUACAGAUGCUCUACCUCGCCUAAGUAGACGGAAACGUUGCAAAUGCAUUAAACCAAUGGAUGCAUUACGACCAAAUAUGAAAAUCAGCAACAUUAAAAUAUUCUUUAAGCAACCUUCUUGUCAAAACAUUGAAAUCAUUGUCAAUAUGGAAAAUGGGAAAAGAGUUUGCUUGAAUCCUGAUGCAGAAGUAGGGAGAAAAAUGAUUACUUCUAUGAGAAAGAAAAUGAUAAGUUGAACAACCAUUGUAUCAAACAAUGGAUCAUCUUGCUGUCUGAACAGGGCUGUGCUUCACAGAAAUUUAAAAUUCAUCAUUGCAUCAUUAGUGAAAUAAAACUUUGUUAUGUGCUUUGAAUUUUCUUUAGACAUUUUAUAAACCAAAAUAUCUGUAGAAGGAAGGCAGAAUAAACAUUGUCGGCUUAGAAUUUUUUAUGUGGACCUGUUACAAAGAUUGCCUGGGCAUUAAGCCAGUCACAAGUCCCAUUUUUAAAAAUUUGUCAUUUAUGGUUUCGUAAUUAAACUAACAUUGAUUCUAAUAUAAAUAAGCUAUUUUUGACAAGAUACAAUAAAAUUACCUAUUAAUAUUCAGCUUAUUGUUGAUUUCAUAUCAAAGAACUUUUUUAUUUUUAAUUUUUCUGCAUUUAUAUUUCAUUGUCCAUGACAACCAGUGAUGCUUUUAUUUUACAUCAAUUUA